CGUUUAGUUUGUAUGGCAAUGCCAGUCCGUCCACUACCUCGAUUAGUACAUUAACGGAGUCAUUAGUUAAACGGUUCAUAAGUUAAUUUAGUUUGAGUUUAAACCUGGUUUUUGUGUUGUGUUUGGAUUGUGGAAUAAUAAAAAAUCGAAAAUGAUUAAACUUUCAGUGUCUGAAGCCAUGAAGAUCGGGUUCAUCGGGGGCGGCCGCCUGGCCUUCGCUCUGGCCAACGGGUUCAUUUCUGCGGGGUUGGCGAAACCUGAAGAAAUUACAGCCAGCGUUCACCCUGCUGAUACCGCCAGUGCUGAAGCCUUUAAGGGCCUGGGUGCCACAGCUAUCUUCGACAACAAGCCAGUGGUGGAGCGUUCAGAAGUGGUGAUAGUGUCCGUCAAGCCAGAGGUCGUGGGGCCGGCGCUGCGCGAUGUCCGUGAUCUGCCCGCUUCCAAGGGGAAGCUGUUCAUUUCAGUGGCCAUGGGAGUGUCUACAGCUACUAUUGAGAAGAACCUACCAGCAGAAGCCCGCGUAAUCCGAGUCAUGCCGAACACUCCCGCCCUCGUCAAAGAAGGCGCUGCUGCGCUCAGCCGCGGGGCCAAGGCCACAGCUGAAGACGCGAAGCUAGCUGCUCAGCUGUUCAGGGCCGUGGGGAGCUGCGAUGAGGUCCCGGAAUACCAGAUGGAUGCCGUCACGGCGCUGAGUGGCAGCGGACCUGCUUAUGUCUACAUGUUAAUAGAAUCCCUAGCCGACGGUGGCGUGCGCUGCGGCCUCCCCCGUGACUUGGCGCUCCGCUUGGCCGCCCAAACCACCCUGGGCGGAGCCGCUAUGGUCCGCAAUGGCGGACAUCCUGCGCAGUUAAAAGAUAACGUAACCAGCCCUGCUGGGUCUACAGCUGAUGGGACUUAUCACUUGGAACAGAAUGGUUUCCGAUCAGCCGUCAUCGGCGCAGUGAAGGCAGCCGCUGAUAGAUGUAAAGUAGUCAACCAACAACUAAAUAAUUAGGAACUACUUUUAAAAAUGUGCCAAAUUUACCUUACGUUUGAGCCAAAUGUAAAAUAAAAUUUCUCGUUGGACUUGUUGAAUAAAAUAUUGUAAGAGCCAAAUGUAAAAUAUAAUUUCUCGUUGGGCUUUUUGAAUAAAAUAUUUUAAUAAAGCUAAUAGUUAAUUGUAUAGAGUCGCGUAGGAGUAAAACGAUCUGAUUUUGUGACGAAUAUACAGAAAUAUAUUUUAUUUUGUUAAA